AGCAUUAUGGCUGCGCUGUUUACUUGUUUGAAACGCACAUGUGAUUUGUUUUUAUACUGCCGGCCCCAACACCUUCUUUCCGUAAUGUCAUCUUGAACGAGUGCAGUUUUGCAGCGUUGCGCCCGUCACGGUGCUUGUGGUCAAGUAAUACGGCGUGAAGGCGACGUUAAUGCGGUCGGUUUCAUGGCGUCCUUCGAGGAAGAUGUCUGUUUCUGGGAGUCUGUGGAUGUCGAAAGUGACUUCCAAGCCGACACAACCCUCUUCAGAGAUGCCAACUGCGAUGACUUGCUUGAAUUCAAUGACACUUUCAAGCCUCUGUGGCAAACUGAUGCCCGAAUUGUGACUAUGGGGGGUGCACGCUCCCUCUUGCCCGGAACCAUUGAUGGAACAGUUGAGAUUGAGACUGGGUGCAUAGAAGAGGCAAACACUGUUGAAGUCAAAACUGAAAAGCAGUCGCCAGCUGCUCUCGCUGGAACUGGUGGCGGAUCAACGUCAAGGAAGAAAUGGACGGCCGAAGAAGAAGCCCUUUUGUUGAAAUGCAUGAAACAACAUGGAAAUAAAUGGAGCAAGAUUUCUGCCCUGAUCAAGACCAAGAGCACCAUCCAAGUCAAGACGCACGCUCACUACCUGCUCAGAAAAAAUGCUCAUCAAGGAAAAACCUCUGGUCAAGCCAUCAACAACAAUGUGCUUGUUGCCACACCGAAAGGACCAGUGUCCAGACCACCAAAGAAGCAAAUGAAGACAAAACCGCAGGCGACCUCGCGCAACGAGAAUGUCAUCGUACUGAAGGAGGCUGAAGCCAUUGAGACCUUGAAGAACAAGUUUCCGGAGAGUGAAAUUGUCAGCAUCGACAAGUCUGCCGACGAGGAAGACGACAUAGACAUCGACUGCGACGGCACUGACGACGUCGUGUUCUCUCCGCCCGGUUCCCCGAUCCGCAAGGGUGACGCGUUAGUCGGAGUAGCUACCCCCAAGCCGGCAACCGAUUCAUCUGCAGAAGACACUGAGAACGAAACAAGCCCAGACAGGCCGGGGGGUCUGGAGGAAAACGCGUCCGGUGCUGUGACAUUCGAGCCUCCUGUUGCAGAAGUCGUGCUGGACAAAUCUGAGAUCAGCAAAGAUGAGAAGAUAAUUCAUUCAGAGUUCUUUUCUGGAAGCUCUUCCAAAACACCGGAAAGGUACCUUCGGAUCAGGAACUUCAUAAUUGAUGCCUGGAACAGCCAGAAGCCGCGAUACCUGAACAAGACGCAGGCAAGGCAGGGUCUCAAGAACUGUGGGGAUGUGAACUGCAUUGGAAGGAUUCAUGAUUACUUGGAACAGAUUGGGGCCAUCAACUUUGGUUGUCCCCAGGUGACAUACCAAAGGACAAAGCAGCUGUCCCACUUAAAGCCAUUGCAGAAGAGAAAGGAACCAAGAGCCGACGUGGAGAGGCCGCAGAGACGGAAAACCGCGAGCUUAGGAGACGUGCUCAACAUUGACGUCAAAGGAGGCGGUGUGACGCUGGAACACGGCUCCGAGGGAAGCGUCAUCUCUCAGACGCUCGUGCGCUCCAAGCCAAAACCAGGCCGACACCAGCAGAACCCUUUCAAGCUGAUACCCUGCAGAAAUUACGACGAGGGCCAGGAGCCAUUCAGCAUUGAGGUGUCAGUGACUGCCUUUUUAAAGAUGGACAUUCACGCACACCUCCUGAACACCGAGGUUAUCGGACUUUUGGGCGGCUACUACGAUAUGCACCGGAACUGCCUGGUCGUCUCCACUGCGGAAGCUUGCGACUCGGUGAGCACGGACCUCGAGUGUGAAAUGGACUCUGUGUCUCAGACGCAAGCCAUGGAGUCUCUUCAGGAGCAAGGCUUUGAUGUUGUUGGCUGGUACCACUCGCACCCGACGUUCGUGCCGAACCCCUCGGUGAGGGAUCUGGCCACGCAGCGCGACUAUCAGGCGCUUUUCUCCAGUCAGGGCAGGCCCUUUGUUGCGACCAUCUUGAGCCCGUUCUUGCAGCCGGACGCCUCCGUUUUGCCAGCCAAGGGGCUUGCCACCCGCACCAAGUGGUGGAUAGUGCGAGAGAGUGACGAACCAAGUCGUGCAGGAACCGGCGGCCCAUCUCUUGUGCCUUACGCCUUCAACGUGAAGCUCUUGAAGCCAGAUCAGUCGUUCGUCCAGGACGUCACGCCAGUGGUCCACCAGCUGGUCAACAGGGUUUCAUCCUGUCCAGCCCGGGUAGAGCUUUCCAAACCUUACCCCUGGCGGGCCUCACUUCGCUAUUUAGACAAGAUGCUGGCCAGCCUCCAGUUUCAUAUAACAAACUCGGAAACAUCUGUAGGAGAUGCUACAGAAAUUUUGCAAGCCAUUCACGCAGCAUUAAGAGACAUCUAGCAACUACUUCCUGCUACCCUCCAAUGCAGAGUAUAUGUUUCAAGUUUUUAUUUGUGUAGAAACAUUAUGAAGGAGUUGCAUGUA